AUGCGGCGCACAGCCCGCUUUCUGGUGUACGAAAAGUUUGAGGGCGCCGUUUCUGGGGACAAGGGUUACAUGACGUAUCAGCAGGCGUGCUCUAUUUUUGGGUUUCAAAUGAACGAUAGGUUAGAGGCGGGGGAGAUCAAGAAGCGGUUUAACAAACUAGUGCUUCGCUAUCAUCCCGACCGCGGCGGGUCAAGUGAACAGUUCCAGCUUCUCCGGGAGGCGCACAAGAUUCUCUUGACACAUCGCCAUGACAAGGGGGACGGCGCCUCCGCGAAAGGCAGUUUUAUAAACUUCAGACGCGUGAAUUAUGACAAUGUGACGAAUACGAUUCACCGACAGACUGCGGAAAAUCCGGAGUAUCGCUCUUUUAGUCUUCAAGACAUGGCAUUUUUUUUCUUUUUCGUCACUGUUGUGAUGGGUUUCUACUUGUAUAGGGCAUGGAGGACGCAGAUGCAGAUAAUCCGUAGUAGGUGGAGCUACACGGAGGAUCGCUUGACCACCGAGGCGACUCAUCACGAUGAGAAGUUGUGGCAUCCGUGGCGCUCUGACCAAGGAACACGGGACAUGAUGGAUAAUAUUGGCAUCCUGCAGGGAAGCGUCAAACGUGAAUUGGUGGAGGAAAAACGGCAGCUGGCUCCCUCUGUGUACAUGCCAUGGCAGCCAGGGGGUCCAUUUGCGAGUGGACAACGAGUCGAGUCCGAGAGGGACACGCAGUUAAGUGGAGAAAAGCAUUGA